AUGAGCCAGGUUGACGAUCCAAGUUGGAAUUACUGCCAUCUUGCGGUUUCAGCUGUGCAGCAGAUAGGAAUUCGUGAAAACCUUCAGACCGUGGGCGACGUAUCUGCCAACUCUCUAGUCUAUUUUAAAUCAUGGCUUGGUUGCUUUGUUAUUAGCACAGAGCUAGCAACCGACCAUGGUUUUCCACCACCGAUGAGUUCCGCCGCUGGACGACUCCCAGGUAUCAAGUCGUAUAUGCAGCCUUAUUUUUCUGACGAGUUUUGGGCGCGGUGUGAACUACAGGAAUACUCAAUUCGAGUUUCUACAAUUUUGUCGGGUAUCUCUCCAAGUCAGCUACAAAUGUCGCUUUUGGGCCUUCUUGAGCGCGAUCUGGAUUCUUUGGGAGCCAGGGUACAGAAUCCACUGCCUCAGAGAUAUCACAUUGACUUCCUGGCAGCAAAAUUGCGUCUAUGUGCUAUACCUUUGUUGGCUUUGAAGUCCAGAGAAACUGAAAAGAGCUCAAAUACCCAGGAGAGGGCAGCUUGGUAUAGAGGAUUCCAUGCAGCUGUACAACUUACUAGCAUUUAUUCGAGUCUCCUUACACCCAAUACGCCGUCCUUGGCCGAUGAAUCGUCAUCUCACGGAAUUCGCAAAGUUGGGGGGGUCACGGUGUAUUAUCCAAAGCACCUUUCCCGCGUUUUGUGCAUCGCCGGGAUGUAUUUAACCAAGUUCCUUGCCAUGGGUCAAGAUCUUGAACCUCAGGAGCGAAUUUUAGCCCGCAACCAGAUAAAAGAGGUAUAUGAGACAUUCCUAGCUUGGUCCACAGAAGAACUAGACGAGCCAUUUCGAACUGCCCGAAUGAUCCGCCUUUUAUCUCGGCAUGCAGAAGACAAAAUAUCAUCAGCAUACUUUAGCGAUAGCAGUGGAGAUCCGAGUGCGACGAUAGUAGAUGAUGGUUUGAAGAUUGCGCGCAAGAUUCGCGAGCGCACAGCUGCUAUCCCUUCAACCCUAGGUUUGACUAUGCGACCGACUAAUUCCACAAUACAGUCAUUAACCACAAAUCUAGUGGCUUCAGAAAGCCAUACUAGGCCUUCUAUAACUGAGAAUUCGCUAUCUGAGUGGAACGAUUGGCUUCCAAAUACAUAUGACGACCUCUUGGGAUUUUUGGCGUCGCCCUCAAAUAACUUCUUCGAUGAGCCAUGGACGCAGCUGUAG